AUGCCAGGACUAGAUGCCUCGUGUGCUGUUGUCGAUCUCGCGGACGGCAGGUGCCUCUCACUUCGUUUUCCUGUCGAUCGGGGCGGUUCUGAGGCACAGGUUGCUGAGGCUCAAGUGUUUGCACACUGCAUGCAGAUCUUUGUCAACGAGGUUCGGCGAGAGUCGCAGAUCGAGGGCAAGGGGGUCUCCUGA